AUGUCUUCUCGCCAACAGCCGCCAUGGCGGCAACCGGCUUCCAGCCCAGACGUGCAGCUUCCGCCGCUGAAGGUCUGGAAUUCCUUGACGAAAUCUAAGACUCCUUUCGUCCCGAUUGAUCCUGCAGGGAAGAAGGUCGUCUGGUACGCUUGCGGACCGACUGUUUACGACGACGCGCAUCUCGGACACGCCCGAAACUAUGUUAGCACCGAUAUCAUUCGGCGAAUUAUGCGCGACUACUUCAAGUUUGACGUCAACUUUGUUAUGAACAUUACGGAUGUGGACGACAAGAUCAUCCUCCGCGCCAGACAACAACACCUGUUCAAUGAAUUCGUCACGGCCAACCCCACGAUUACCCCGGAGGUCCUAGAUACUGCGAAGAAGGCCUUCAUUGCCUACUUGAAGAAGAACCUGCCCUUGCUCGACUCCGAGCUUCCUGCCUCGCGCUACCUGGAUGAGGUCGAAAAAACAUAUGGGAAUAUCUUGAACGGCGGAGCCUUGCCAGGAAAUGAGAAGGCGGGCGACGACGAGGCCAAGGUCAAAAUGCACAUUAAGACUGCUGCGUCGGCCGCGAAGGUCAUCGCGCAGGCUGAGGCCCGUGAUGGCUCGAGCGCUGAUCCUGCCGUUUUUGCUGAGACCUUCUACUCGAGCGCACAGGAUCUUAUUCUGCCCUACCUUGAUGCACUGAAAGGUGCACUCGUUGACGCCGACGACCACAGCAUCUUCACCAAGUUAACGAAGAGAUAUGAAGAGCGAUUCACAAAGGACAUGCGGGAUCUGAACGUUCUCGACCCCACCGAGUUGACUCGCGUGACGGAAUAUGGCGACGAGAUCGCCGCUUUCGUGGAUCGCAUCGUUAAGAAUAAGUUUGGUUACGCGACAAAGGACGGAUCCGUGUAUUUCGACAUCAAAGCGUUCGAGGCUGCAGGCCACCCGUACGCUCGUCUUGAGCCGUGGAGUCGGUCAGACAACAAGUUGGCUGCAGAGGGCGAAGGCUCUCUCGCUAGCAAAACUACGGAGAAGCGCGGUGCUUCCGAUUUCGCUCUCUGGAAGUCCUCAAAGCCCGGUGAACCGAGCUGGUCCAGCGCUUGGGGGAAGGGCCGCCCUGGCUGGCACAUUGAGUGCUCAGCUAUGGCAUCAGCCCGAUUGGGUAAGCAAAUGGAUAUCCACUCUGGUGGUAUCGACCUUGCCUUCCCGCAUCACGACAACGAGUUGGCUCAGAGCGAGGCAUACUGGCACGAUGGGCACGAUCAUGGCCAUGACCAAUGGGUUAACUACUUUUUACACAUGGGACAUCUGUCUAUCCAGGGAUCUAAGAUGUCCAAGUCGUUGAAGAACUUCACUACCAUCCGGGAAGCGCUUGAUCGGAAAGAUUGGUCGCCGAGAAGUCUGCGCAUUGUCUUCCUCUUGGGUGGCUGGAAGGAUGGCGUUGAGAUUACAGAGGAUCUGGUGAACACCGGCAGCUCAUGGGAAGAGAAGGUGAACAACUUCUUCCUUAAGGUGAAGGAUCCUGCAGCUCUGCAGUCCUCAGGCACCGAUUCCACCUUCGCUGCGGAUCUGGAAGCAGCCAAGAAGGCUGUCCAUGACCAGCUCUGCGAUUCUUUCAACACCCCCGCUGUCAUGGCGACCAUCUCGGAACUCAUCUCCAAGUUCAACAUUGUCGACAAGGCCACCGUGCCCGCCAAGGAUAUCCAGGCGGCAGCACAAUGGGUCACCUCCAUGGUGAACAUCUUUGGUCUCAACGGUACCGCCUCAGCCGAUAGCACCGAGAUUGGCUGGUCUGGUAUUGACAUCCCCGAGGAGGCCAAGGCUUACCUGUACCCGCUGUCGGCUAUGCGUGACUCGCUUCGCGAGGCCGCGCGGUCCAAGACCGGAAUCACAGCCAAGGAUCUCGAGACCGCAGUUGCCCGAGCCUCGGUACCCGAAGAAGUCUCCGAAUCCGCCAAGCCAUACGCUGAGGUCUUCUCAAACUUCCGUAACAAAGUGCAGUCCCUGGAGGCCUCCGAUUCUAUCGGCAAGGAUAUCUUAUCCCUGUGCGACCGAGUGCGAGACAUUGACCUUUUCGACAUCGGCAUCGCUCUCGAAGAUCGCGAGAACCAGCCCGCUCUGGUGCGGCCAGUCACCCAAGAGAUGCUCAAGGCGCGGGAGGAGAAGGAAGCCCGUGCUCUCCAGAAACAGGCUGAUAAGCUGAAGAAGGAGCAGGAAGCUCUCAAGAAGCUGGAGAAGGGCAAGCUGAGCCACCUAGAGAUGUUCCGUACCAAUGAGUACAGUGCCUGGGAUGAGGAGGGCAUGCCUACGCGUGAUGCUGGUGGUGAGGAGGUUACCAAGAGUCGGGCGAAGAAGCUUCGCAAGGACUGGGAGCGUCAGAAGAAGGCUCAUGAGGCGUGGUUGGCUAGCCAGGCCAAAUAA